CAGCCACCGUCAAACAAGACUGACGCGUCCUGCAAUAGUUCCAAGCUACCAUGUCUGACCACAGUGACGACGUUCUUCCGAUUCCCAAUCUCGUUCUUGCGCAGAACCUCUUUACGCUCUCUAAUGCGUCUCUAUCUCGAUAUCACGAUGAUGCUCGGAAGUCUCUUCUCGCAGGCAUCAAAGCUGAUGAAAUGGGCCCGUGGUACCGUUCUUUGACCCAGGCGCCGUCGCCCAGCUCUCCUGUCGAACCGAUGGCUUCAUCCUCAUCGACACCUUCACCGUCGAUCACUCUUGACGCGGCUCUCCUGGAGGAAUUGGAGAAGAAGAACAAUGCCGAACUUGAGAAACUAGACGAACGGCUCAAACUUGCCCAAGAAACCGAGGGGGAGUCUGAGAUCAGUGAUGCACUGCGCGCGCGCGCCAACUAUCUGACCAAGAUUGGAGACCAGGACGCGUCCACCGCACAACUCCUCGCGUUUGAGAAGACCCCCGGUCUCGGAUCCCGUAUAGAUAUCUCUCUCACCCUCAUUCGCAUCGCAUUUUUCUGGGGAAACCGAGAGGAUAUCACGAAAUAUCUGGCGAAAGCGGAAACACUUGUAGAAGAAGGUGGCGAUUGGGAUCGGAGAAACCGACUGAAGGUCUAUCGGGGCCUGUACAUGCUGUCGAUCCGGCAGUUUAAGAGCGGCGGCGACCUUUUCAUCGAUGCGCUUUCGACCUUCACUGCAACCGAGCUUAUAAGCUACAACGACUUUGUCGGCAUGACCAUGAUUGCAGGCGUCUUAGGUCUCAACCGAGUCGAGCUCAAGAAAAAGGCUAGGCUUUCUAUUAUCGGGGCCUCCGAAGUUGCGCAAGCGUUGCCUGAAAUGCCACUGCUUGGGGAGCUGGUGAAUAGUCUCUACAGCUGUCACUAUGACAAGUUCUUCGUUGCUUUAGGUGACAUGUUCUCCGAGCUGGAACAGACCCAUCUGUUACCCUCACGAAUUCUCGCACCACAUGCACGGUUUUACGUACGUGAAGCUCGAAUCCUGGCCUACACCCAGCUACUCGAGAGUUACCGGAGUUUGACGCUCGAGAGUCUCGCCGGAGCAUUCGGUGUCAGCGUGGAAUUCAUUGAUAAUGAGCUUUCCCGAUUCAUUGCUGCUGGGAGGUUACAUUGUACGAUCGACAAAGUGCACGGGACAGUCGAGACGACACGCCCUCUGAAGAAGACAGCACAAUACGACACGGUGGUGAAGCAGGGUGACAUCUUGCUGAACCAGGUCCAGCGACUGUGCAAAGUGUUGUACUAGGCAAAUUCUAGUGACAUUGUAC